AUGAAGAAAGUGAAAAGACAGCCUAACAUCAAGCUAAGAGACAUCCAAGAAGCUGUCCAUAAGAAGUAUACCAUAAACAUAAGUACAGGAAAAGCAAGUAAGGCUAGGGAUAGGGCUAAAGAAUAUGUGGAUGGGGCUUAUACACAACAGUACAACCAGUUGUGGGAGUACUGUGAGGAAUUAAAGAGGUCUAGUCCUACCAGUACAAUACUUAUGAAGGUACAUACCUUUAAUGAUGGUGAUUUAGCAGCUAAGUCUGACUUAGUGUGUGGAGUGCCUUAUUUUGAAAGGCUAUACAUAUGUUUGGAGGGAUGUAAGAAGGGGUUUCUGGCUGGAUGCAAGCCAUUCAUUGGUUUGGAUGCCUACCAUUUGAAAAACAAGUCAGGGGGGCAAUUGAUUACUACAGUUUGCAAAGAUCCUAAUGAAGAGUAUUUCCCACUUGCAUAUGCAGUGGUAGAGGCUGAAACCAAGGACUCUUGGACUUGGUUCAUCAAUCUGGGGUUGGUGCAAACAUUCAUUGACAACUGGCCACAGUAUGAACACAGGAUUUGUUGUAGGCACCUUUAUAACAACUUCAGGAAGAACCAUCCUGGUGUUUUGAUCAGAGAUAUGUUUUGGAGGGCAGCCAAGGUAACUUACAAACAAGAUUUUGAUAGGGUGAUGAAUGAGCUAAAGGAGAUUGAUGCUGAUGUACACAGGUGGUUAGAUUCUCACUCAACAACAAAAUGGGCCAGACACAUGUUUAGUGAGGAUGGUUUGACUGGCACCAUACUCAAAAAUAUGUGUGAGAGCUUCAACAACAGGAUUCUUAAAUUCAAAUCUAAGCCCAUAAUUAGCAUGCUUGAGUGCAUCAAGCUAUAUCUAAUGAGUAGGUUCCAAGAGAAUAAAGAGAAGGGUGUGAGGCUAGAGUCAGAUAUUUGUGCCAAGGUGAUGAAGAGGUUGCAUAAGGAAAAGCUGGCAGCCAAUAGGUGGUUAGCUUGCUGGCUAGGGCAAACACAGUUUAAAGUGAAAAAUGGUCUGCAGAGUUUCACUGAUGACUUGGCCACAACACACUGCAGUUGUACGAAGUGGAACAUAACUGGCAUAACAUGUGCUCAUGCAAUCUCUUGCAUAUUUUUCAACAAACAAGAUGCUGAGCAGUAUGUUCACCCCUGUUACCAUGUAUCUACAUAUAGAGCAUGCUAUAAGCCAAUCAUAACACCAAUCAAUGGGUAG